UUCACAUUCAAGUUUUAUAAAAGUUGAUGAGUCAUGGUAAAUGCUAUCAUUUUUUUUUUUCAUAUCCACCAUUAUCGGAGUAACCAUCGCUCUCUCUGUUCUAACAGUUUAAUCUAAGUCGAUAACGCAACAAAAAUAUCGUAAUUAUAUAUAAUUUAAUUUACGGUUUUAGUAAACAAAAUAACCUCCAACGUGAAGGACAUGAAAAUUAUAACCAGGGAUGAUAUUGAUUUAACUAAACAAUGUACAUGGAAACAAAAGGAACUAGAAGAAUUUAGAGAUAUGGUUUUAAAAGAGACAGAACUGAAUUCCAGAACCGAUGAUAUCUUUUUACUCGGGUUUUUAAGAUCAAGGAAAUAUGACAAAGAAAAUGCGUUACAAUUAUUAAGAAAUUAUUAUUCAGUCAGAAGACAUGUCAAAGAACUAAAAAAUCUAACACCAUCGGCUUUAGAACACGUUUUACAAGAAAAUGUCAUGGGAUAUUUAUGCAUUGAUGGUGAAAAAUUCUUGGGAUUUGGAAGAGCGAGUCACUGGGAUACGACAAAAAUAUCUGCAAUAGACUUAGGAAGAUGCAUAAUGCUUUACAUUGAUCUUGCAUUAAAUAUUCAUUCCUUUCAAGUAAAUGGAGUUUCAAUAAUUGUAGAUGCUAAAACUGUAUCGUGGAGACACGUCGUUCAAUUAACUCCUAGAGUAGUUAAACUACUUGUAUCAUGCUUUUAUAAAACUCUCCCAGUAUCAUACAAGAGCAUUCACUUUGUUAAUAUGAAUGCUUAUCUCCUUGGCAUCCAUGCAAUGUUUCGUCCUCUAAUCCCGAAGAAAAUAAGACAGAGGGUACAUGUUCAUGGUUCGAACAUGGAAGCUCUUCAUAAAGAAAUCGAUCCAAAGUAUCUUCCUGUAGAAUUUGGAGGAACUUUAAAUUCUUUCGAUUGGUCCAGUCCGAAUCAACUGAUAAUGGAAAACGAAGAAUUUUAUGUAGAAAAUGAAAAAUACUGGAAUAAUUAA